AUGACAGAAAAUGACAUGAUACCAGAAGGAUACGGAUCCUCCCAGCUGUUAAAUUCAUCGUUCUACUCUUCGAAUUCGGGAAACGCGUUGGAUCAUUCACGGAACUUUCGAAACUCGUUGGUGCUUGAUGAAUUCUCUGAACAAAAUCUACAUCGGUACUUGGAAGAGGAAGAGGGCGAUAUCACCUCGGGCACUACACAUUCACAAAGGUCCAACCAGAACGAUAAUUAUGACUGGAGUUACAAACUUUCACCCCAAAAACGGAUUGAACGUCCAACAGAGGUCAGAACGGUCAAUAUGACGGCUUCUCCUUCGUUGAGUGCAUUGGUAGAAUUGCUAAACGAAAAGUCCAAAACUGCAGAGCAAAGAAUGAAGUCACAACUAAUCACGGAAGUGCCGAUCAUUGAAGAGGAUGAGAAGGAGGAGGAGGUGUUGAAAGAAAGAAAUGAAGUAAACAUGGAUUUUGAGGAGAAGGAAUCAGCCUCAAAACCUGUUUUCCAGAACAGUUCUCCUAAUCUGAUUGAUAUUGAUGGUGAGGAAAAUAACUUUGUUACAAACUUAAAUCCAUUCAGAUCGUUUGAGGAACCUGAUUUUAUGACAACACCCAAAGUUCAGCAGAAACCCCAAUUGAGUGAAAAGUUUGUCCCCACCGAUUCUUUGAUAACAGAAGAGGAGGAAGAAUAUGUAGGUGAAGAAAACCACGAAACUGAAGGUUACAACGACAACAUAGGUGGAUCACCUGUGGAUGCAGUUUCUAUGAGCAACAUCAAUGUUCAAAGUGCGGAAGAUAGUGAUAUUCAAGAGAAAAUUCAAAAUAAGCCAAAUUUUCAGCCAGACUCUGUAAAUGAAGAUGCAGCGAUGUUGCACGAAGAACACGUUUCAAAAACUCAAGAACCCUCCAUUAACAUACCAAAGAAAACUUUUGCAACAAGGAAAUAUAAGAAACCUGUACGGAAACUAGAUUCUGCAUCUACUGAUACAAAGGAAAAAAAGAGGUCUAGUUUCUUUUCGUUCUUCAAGAAAAAAUCGGCCAAAGAUCCUAAGACAGAAUCAAGUCUGCUACCUCCAAAACGAAGUAAGGCGACACAAUCUCGACCAAGGAGCUAUUCGCUCGGAACCAAGAGCCAACUAACCGCACUGCCAAACUCAAGGUCAAUAUCUGAAAAUGUGCAAACUCAACCUUCGGCAAGAAACAACAAGUUUUCAAGCUCUCUGAGUCUGUUUGGGGACGUUCAUGAAGAAGACGGCGAAAUAGAUCAUGGUACCAUCCAAAAUUUACAUGCCCCACAAGAACAGAACAAAAAGUCUGUUGGUCAAGAUGCUGAUACUAACGACACGGUAUCCCCGCCAAAAAGGUUAGAUCCUUUGGAAUCCAAUAUUACUUUAGACAACUAUAAGAGCAAUCCAAGUGCUGCCCCAAAUGAGGAAAGUAUGCCCUUCAGUCCAAUUGAUAGCGGGAACAUUGAGCAGUCUGCUUCAGGGGCAAAGGAUAGGUUUACCACUUCGACAGACCUUGCACCUAACGAUCUUUUACCGAUGCCCCCUAAAAUAUCACCGGCGCUGAAAGACACGUCAAGUUACGAUGAGAGACGCGACUCGGGUGAAGUUUACUUUCCUAAAUCACUAAAUGAAGAUGAAAUCGACUGUAUUAUACAACUAGAAAGAAACAGAUCUCUGAAAUCUGUCAAUCAGAAAAUAUCGACUGACACACUUUCUGUUAAAGCGCAAAGCGAGGGGAUGACCGUUGAGGAAGCCUCCGAUGUUGUUUUGGCAAACCCAGAUCUCUCAAAGAGCCCCAGUAAUAGUAUUCUAAAGAAUACAGGAAGGUUUGAAAACCUUGAUCCCAUGUCGAAUGGAUUAUCAAGUCUGAAAUCUUUCGACGGAAAAAUGGAUCAACUAAGCUUAGACACGGAUAGAUCUACUGAAGAAAAAUUGACGAAAUUGGCUGGCGAACGAGAUAUCACGCUGAUAAUCCAACCGAGUAACUCGUUUGAAGGGGACAGAGACGCAUAUUCGACGAAUCACCAAAAUAAGAAAGUUAAGAAUACAGGACAACAUGAUGGCAUGGUAUCAGAUAGCAAGCCAAUUGCUGAGGUCGAUCCAGAGUUAAUGACUGACAUCAUGGAGUUUGCUAAUAUCAUCAAUUUUGGGGAUGAAAUCAAUUUCGAUUUAGACAUAAACGAGCCCUCCGAUACUUUUGCAUAUGAUAAGGUAAGAACACUCGAUAGUCCUGUUCUUAAACCACCUCAAAUGUCACAUGCGAGUAAUCACGAUAUAAGACUGACCUUCCACUCACCAACAGAGGAGACGCCAGUUGAGAAAAAGGAUACCGUAAAUGAACAAUUUAUAAAUGACGAUUUUGAAAACGAAGAAUUCAACGACGAGGACAUAUACGAGUCAUUGAAAAUCAAGAAACCACAGAAACCUGAAAGUCAGAUAUCUUCACCUCAUAUGGAAGAGUACAUUUCCCAUAGUUACCAUGCCGGAACUUCGACGGACAGACCUAUCUCAAUGUCGUUCAAGGGCCUUACCUCUUCAAUGAACCACACUGAGAGCUCAGAAAAUUUGAGCAACAAUCAGCGGGUCAAUUUCUCUUCCAAGAUUAUACUUUACGAUACCUAUAGCGGGAUAGAUUACGAUAGGAGGCCGGAUAUCAGCACAUGUAACCAGCUAACUCCACAGCUUGCUCAGAUGAUCAAAUCCGAAUUGAAUGAUUUGAAGGCAUCGAUGGAGGUCCAUCAGGACUCUAGAUGCUACACUCAAUUCUUUUGA